GGUAAACCCGGCGCUGAGCCCGCAGCAAAGUGACGUUCUCUGGAUGGACUUCGCACCGCCGCAGCCGCACUUGGAGCGGGUGGCGAACGAAGGUAUCACCAUAAUCCCCUUCCGUCCUUGCGAUUUGCUGGUUCACUGGGGGCAGCUGCUGUUCGAAUUCGUAGCGCUUCCCCCUGGAGCCAGUUUUUUCAAAAAGAACGAAAAAUCCUAUGAUCGUGCCCGCCCGCCGGAUGAGGGAGACGACAGUAAAGCACGUCGCGAGUUGCUUAUCCAGAUGAAAGGAGCCUGCUUUCCCUACGGCGCUCGCUGGUACCAGUGGUUUUGGAGGAAAAUGUAUCGCAAGGAAAAAUCCCCCCUCCCCAUAUUGAGGAAGUAGGUUUUCGAAAAUUUGUGUUGCUGAUUUGAGGUCACAAAUCACGUUUGUGUUGCAAGAAGACAAGGGCAGCAGCUUCCGUCCCAUUAUGGAGGCGGUUUGUCAUGCUGUUGAGCCAACAUCACGGACGCUUUUCAUGCUAAGUGCCUAAGUCAAAGCCUCUCUACUCCGGCUUGAUAUUGGUCUGCAGUCCUCUCCAGCAAGACAAAUGCGAUUUGUGUACUCAAAUACAGCAACACAAAUUUCGCUUUCGAUAUGGGGAGGGGGCAUUUUUCCUCACAAUAAAAUGCGUCUAGAGAACGUCAAACUCCUCAUCGCGGACGUGCUGCACACCUGGAACCCGGCCCACGUGCUGCAUAUCCGCAGCGAAAGCGACGACAUUCCCGUGGUUUUGUGGGGCGGCAACGUCAAAGACGGCCUGAAACACCUCGAGGACUACAACAGGGCGGCGAAAAACUCGGGGUGGCAAAAGGACCCGCACGGCAUCGCCUACAGGAUUCUGCGCUCCCCGCGCCUGAUCAACCAUUUCCUGCCGGUGGUUGACCAGCUUCCUCAGGACGGCGAAACCAGACCACGCAGUGCGGAGAUGGUAAUGGAAAAAGGCAAUUCUAACAAAACCAUUUCUGCGCGAAACGCACUAGGAACUUGCGCUGGUGCCAACGGCGUGUAUUGCAGGCAGGAACAUCUGCAAACACUAAACCCUGCUGCUGGCACUCAGGAGCUUAGUUCUGGCCCAUCUUCGACCCCUGCAGGGGAACCGCAAGCAUGGGACACAGCGUCUUCCACGCCGACAUCCAGCACGUUUCUCGAUUGGCCGGCACGACCGGCACCCGACGCAGAUGCUAUCGCGAAACGAUUCACGGUUCGCGACGCGCGCUCGGCGCAGCCGAUCUCGGCACCUUUUGCGCUCGUCACCGAGCUAUCAAAUGUAAAAAUGUCUGGGUCUGGAAGAUUCUGAGAUUUGUCAUGCAUGUUUUGCAUGACCCAGGACGUCUAUAAUGCACGACCGCGCAUCACAGAUUUUGAGAGGGCUUCCUGAUGCCUACUCCGCAUGACAAACGCCCUCCCCGCGUAGCACAAAGCAGACUCCUCUUGCUGGUCAUGCAAUACAGAUUUUUCUAGAGUCCAAAGUUAGCAUCACCAGUUGCAUUCUUCCAGACCCAGACAUUUUUACAUUUGAUACGAGCAGCCUGUGGAGGCGGAGGUUGAAGAUCAUGCAGCCCUCGACCCCAAGCGCAAGAUUGUUUCGCCGCUUCUUCGAGAAAUGGAGAAUCUGAUGCGCGAAUCAGCCUUCGACGCUCUAGUCUACGUCUCCUGGGGCACCCAAAGCACGAUCGAGUUUACCGACACUGGGCUGCGCUAUCUAUUCGACGAAUUCACCAAACUUCCUCGUGUGCUAUUCUGCAUGGUGGUCAGGGAAGUGGUGUAUGCGCGGCUUCUGUCGGACGUUCCUACGUCCCUGCCGUCGAACGUGCGCCUCAUCCCGGGGCAGGCCCCACAGGCAGAACUUUUUCGCCACUUUGGACGGUGGAGAAAGAAGUACUCAGAUAAAAAUCUUCUUCACAGCGGCGCCAACAACAUCAAAUUUGCAUUCUUGUCCCACUGCGGAACCGGUGGACUGUCCGAGGCCGUUGGUUUUUCUGUGCCGACGCUCUGCGUCCCCUUCAUGAAUGACCAGCCAGCAAACUGCGAGCUCCUCGACACGUACAACCUCGGCCGCUGCGCUGCGCAUUUCGCGGUCGCCCUCAUUACCGCUUCGCACAAGGAUGGACUCGCAGAAGAGAGUUUUUCUUGUGAAGUCGCAAACCCGCUCUCCACUGGCGGCGCCAGGGAGAGCGGUCAAAUGCCGCCGCCUAACAUUUCUCCACCCGUUCAUGUCGACUCUGAAGGGAGUGGAAGCUAUGUGGCCAGCGGUGAGCGCGAAAAUUUGUGCGGCGAUGUUGACACGAUUCACGAGAAGACGCAUACCGACGGCUUUGGUUACGGUGGCCAGAGCGAGACAAGGUCAGGCUCUGCUCUGCCAUAUGUUUCUUUCCUUGGAAUGCCUUCUGCCGAGCUUCUGCACCCGACAGUCGCCGAGGAACUAAAGGCUCUUUGGGACUACAACCUCUCCGAAAACCUGCGACCAGUGUUACCCCGACUGCGGCCGCGCAAGGGGAAGCAGGAGAUCCUGUUGACGAGGUCUGCUGCAGAUCAAGAGCCGCACGUAGGAAUAUGCUGUUGGAAGAACACAACCACUACUACCCUGGGUACCAAUCCGGUUCUUGGUACCAACAACGCCACUUCGACAUCUUCGCUGUGGGUAACGACAUUUUUCGACAACCCCCGUAUCGGCUGCGCGGGCGGGGUGCUGGCAACAGAGCUGAUGAAUUUGUUAAAUGAUGAAACGUAUGAAAGCAUUGUCGCCGCGCUUCACGAAAACGCGGAAGUCCUAGCUAGAAAAACGUUAAAUCGCAACACUGAAGUCGGGCCGCUGCUGGAGCAUUUUCUACAUGUUGCUGAAGAACAAAAAAUCGUCGAGCGCGAACAAAAAGAACUUUGGAAAAUGAUGCUAGCUCUCAGCACGAAUGAGGAUGAUGAACACGCUUUCGACCCCGAUUAGCGCCCUUGCAUGA